AUGGAUUUCAAUGGAGAUGAAGAAUCCAGUACCCAGAUACAAGAAGGAAACACAAAAAAUUCAUCCCUUUUCAGAUACAAUUCACCAUUUGUUCAAGUCAUCCUCAUUGGCCUUGUCUGCUUUUCUUGCCCUGGCAUGUUCAAUGCCCUUUCUGGAAUGGGUGGUGGUGGCCAAGUUGAUCCCACUGCAUCAAACAACUCCCUCACUGCCCUCUACACCACCUUCGCCAUAUUUGGCAUCCUUGGUGGUGGCAUCUACAACAUCCUCGGACCCCACCUCACCCUUUCCGUAGGUUGUUCUACCUAUGUACUAUACACAGGUUCCUUCCUCUACUACAACCAUUACCACCACCAAGUCUUUGCCGUUGUUGCUGGUGCUUUUCUUGGUGUAGGAGCAGGGCUUAUAUGGGCUGCACAGGGUGCAAUUAUGACAUCUUAUCCCCCAACCAAUCGGAAAGGGACUUACAUUUCCAUUUUCUGGAGUAUCUUUAACAUGGGUGGUGUCAUUGGUGGUCUAAUUCCUUUCAUGUUGAAUUAUCAUCGUAGUGAGGCUGCUUCUGUCAAUGAUGGAACCUACAUUGGCUUCAUGGGCUUCAUGUCAGCAGGUGCCUUUUUGUCUUUGGCGAUCUUGCCUGCUAGCAAGGUUGUUCGUGAUGAUGGUACCAAGUGCACCAAUAUGUUGUACACAAAUGUGUCCACUGAGUGUUUGGAGAUUCUUAAGUUGUUCUUCAAUUGGAAAAUGCUUCUCAUUGUUCCUGCUGCUUGGUCCAGCAAUUUCUUCUACUCCUACCAAUUUAAUGAUGUCAACGGGGCACUGUUCAACUUGAGAACAAGAGGGUUGAACAAUGUGGUCCACUGGGGUGCACAGAUGCUGGGAUCGGUUGGGAUUGGAUACAUAAUGGAUUUCAGUUUUAAGAGCAGAAGGAUGAGGGGGUUUGUGGGAAUUGGAGUGGCUGCUAUUCUUGGGUCUGCUAUUUGGGGUGGUGGACUUGCUAAUCAGCUUAGGUACUCCUCAAAUGAUUUGCCAGAAAAGUUGGAUUUUAAGGACUCAGGGUCUCAAUUUGCUGGGCCGUUUGUCUUGUAUUUUUGUUUUGGGCUACUAGAUGCCAUCUUCCAGAGCAUGGUCUACUGGGUUAUUGGAGCCUUGGCUGAUGACUCUCAGAUUCUUAGCAGGUACACUGGAUUCUAUAAAGGAAUACAAAGUGCAGGGGCUGCAGUUGCUUGGCAAGUUGAUACAAACAAGGUGUCUUUCAUGUCCCAGUUGAUUGUGAAUUGGGUGCUCACAACAAUAAGCUAUCCAUUACUUUUUGUUCUGGUCAUGUUAGCUGUGAAAGAAGACAACAAUGCUGAAGAGGAUCCCGGCAAACUGUUUGCUCCAUCUGAUGCUAAUAAUGGCGUUACCCAAAAACAAUAUCCGGUUGUCUAG